CUUAACUACAAAUCCGCGUUAGCCCUAAUAGCACUGUUGCCAGAUUACAGAAAUGAAACAAAACAUUUACCUGAUGUUGAUGUUCAUUGCAUUACUUGAAGCUCAGGUGAACGGUCGCCGGGUUGAGUUGCGUAAUCGAUCCGGAGAAAUAACAUAUGAAAGCGUUAGCGCUACCACAACUAAGAGAUGGAAUUUCCCUGUCGAAUAUAAGGACAACCACACACUCUUUAUAUUUGUUAAAAAUGUGUCGAUGUAUGGAUGGAUAUCAGAUUUGAACAGUACAGGCUGCAUAGGAGGGUUAUAUUUGCCUGAAAAGUAUGGAAUAUGCCAGAACCCCACAAUAAAAUGUCUGUUCUAUCAACCUGUCGGAUGUAUCUUGCCAAAUACAGCCACUUUAAUGAGUGCGGGUGUAGACGGCGUGGUCUGUGACAAGUAUAUGUGGUAUCGCUUGUCAGAAAUGCCAGAUUAUUUUAGAAUAUAUGGAUGGAAUCGUGGUGAGAAAUUCGCCCAAGUACAGUACAAAUAUCACGAGUGCCAGAGAAACGAGACCGAAUUCUCCACAACAGUAACUGACUCAUUUACCGAUCAGACUUCUUCUGUGACCGAACUGAUUGUCGGCCUUGCAAUCUCUAUAGGAUUGCUUGCCAUCUCUUGGGUGGUGUUUGGAGUCGUGAUUAUACGAAACCGGUCAAAGGCCACCUCACGCGAACCGGAUGUCGAAGAAACUGAGGCGGAAGAAUCAAACACUCGGGAAAUCGUGGUUAAUGCAAUAUAUGGAGAAAAUUUCGACAAAAUGGAAGACGAUUCGCAGCAUUCUAGCUCGAGUGCUAUCUAUAGCGUGGUUCAUAAAUAAAUGGGCGUUUGACAUUGCACGACGUACGCUAACGGUUUGA